UGAAACGAUGCUUUCAGACUCGACUGUAAACAACAGUUAUGCAUCUCCAGCUGCUGAAACAGUCAACGUACCAACAGCGGUGUACUCGGACUCGAUGACGCAUUGUGACAUCUGCGAAAGGAAACUGCGUGCAGGUCGGAAAGUUUGCCUCCACUGUAAAUCCAAAAAGAAUCCAGCCAUCGAAUUACUCAACAAACAAUGCUACAACUGCUCAGAGGUGAUAUUGCUCCCUUGCAGCAUGAUCCUGGCUCCUGUGGAUGAUUCAGGAACUAUGAAGGAACUGUGCAGCCCCAAAUGCCUCGCCUCCUUCAACUCCAAGAAGGCCAAAGUUGCACCAAAACCGCCUCCGCCGCAGUGCAAGAUGUGCAACAAAGCCUGCAUUCCUCAGAACUCAAAGCUGACCCUCGAUGGUUUCAAGCACACAGUUUGCGGCGACGCCUGCUUCACCAACUACCACCAAGUCAACAACUUGACCGUGGUUACCUGCGACAUCUGUAGCUCCGCCUCCCUCCACAAACACUUCACCGUGAAGACAGAGGAAGGCAGCAAAUCCAUCUGCACUGAUGAAUGUCUGGUGAAGUUCAAAGAGAGUGUUAAGAGGCCCCGGCUUUGCCCCAUGUGCCAGACGUCCCAUCAGAUGUCAGACAUGGUUGAAAAUAAAAACGACGAGGGGACGUUGGACUUCUUCUGUAGCAACCGCUGUAUGAUGGUGCACAAGGCUCAGACGCUCACCUUGUCAGGAAGGAACAGCCCAGUAUGUGAUAACGAAGACAAACAGGUCAAACCGCUGCAAAAUUUGGAGUUUAUUAAACAAGAGCCCAUCGAGGAGGAGUGCAACCCGAAUGUCUCGUCCUCCUUAUCCACAGAAAGCAUCAAGGACGAGCCUAGUAUGGCUAAGGAGGAGAUGAAAACUGAAGAAAGUCCGGUUCUAACCUCAUCAGGAGACCCCUCACAUUCAGCUCCCACUGUUGCCAACACGGAUCUGUGGGAAUCGUGCUCCAGCUGCAGGAAAGUCCUGAUGGACGGAGAGACAGUUUAUCAGAGGAAGAACCACACAGACAUCUUCUGCUCCUCUGCUUGUCUUUUGAAGUUUUACAAAAUGAAACAAGUUAAGAGGAGCUGCACCUUCUGUCUGCAGGCGUUAUCGCAGGCUAAGAAAGUCCUGCAGGCCCCGGUGGACGAUGCAGGGACGAUAAAGGAUUUCUGCUGUCAGACCUGCAUGUCCUCCUUCAACUACAAGAGUAUGAUGCAAAGCAAAGUACCCAUCGUGCCCGUCGCCUCACACUCACAGUGCAACAUUUGCGGCAGAUAUUGCAUCAGUAAACACGAGAUCAUACAUAAGGAAGCUGUCAAGAAGAUCUGCAGCGAUCCCUGUUUUCUGCGUUUCUGUAAUUCAAACAACCUGUCGAUCUGUCUGAACUGUCACUCGAACUGCAACGCACCGCUAACAAUCAUAACAGAAGAUGGCAGCAAAAGACUCUGCAGUGCUGAUUGUCUCGCCCAGUACAAACAGAAAAUACAAACGCCGCAGUCCUGCUCCACGUGCAGCACCAAACUUUUAAUGUCGGACAUGGUUGACUGUAAAAACAGUGACGGCGAGGUGGAGCUCUUCUGUAACAACAGCUGUGUGGCGGCGGCGAAGAUCCUGGCGGUCAGUUCAUCAGGUGAUCCUGUUGAUUGUGACAGCUGUGGAAAGUCUUCAGUACCCGCCUGUCACCUCGCCAUGUCGGACGCCUCCAUCAGAAACUUUUGCUCCUUGAGCUGCGCCAUGACCUUUAAGGAAUCCCAGAGAGACAAACAUGUUCCCACUCGCCCUGCUGGAGCCUCCCAACAAACCCAGUGUGAUUUCCUCAAACCACCAGAGAAGCUGAAAUGUGCAAAGUGUCGACGCGAGAUGAAAACCACACCCAAAGUCAUCCAGAAUAAAGGCAGAAUGCAUUUCGUGUGCAGCGCGUCCUGUUCUCAAGCGUUCAGGAGGGACAACAACAUCGUGGGAAAGUGUGACUACUGUAGGAAUGAAAGGAUCGUCAAAGUCGUCAUCAGAGUCAACGACAAGGACUGCUACUUCUGCAGUGCUGGAUGCAAGAUGCUCUUUCAGCAGGACUUGAAGAAACAGUGGGGGGAAUACUGCCAGUCGUGUGCUUACUGUCUCUCCAUCUCUAAGACGGUCAUAGUGGAGCGCUACGGAGACUCUGACCAGGCGUUGUGUUCUUAUGACUGCAACUUGAAGUACAACCUGCUCUUUAACCAUUUUGCAAAGUGCGACACCUGCGGCCGUAAAGAAAAACUGACGCAGAGUAUCGCCCUGAUCGGAGUGGUCAAACACUUCUGUGACAUGAAGUGUCUCCUACAUUUCUGCAGCCAACACGCCCAAAUGGCAAACAGAGUCUCUCCACCUCCUCGAGCCGUCAGCACAGAGGAGUCCUCCCCGGUCAUCACUAACGUUAUCUCACUCGCUGGUGCUUUGGCUAAACAGACGAGUUCCUCUGCCCGCUCUGCACAGCGUGGCUCACACACACAGACGUUGUCGCCUGCCCCCGACAUUCACACAAAGGUCGUUGGACAUGCCAGUGUUCAAACAGUUCCUAAGGAGCUGAAGAACAAGUCCAUGCUCUGCACCCCGUUGGUCCAUAACAAAGGAGUCUCCUGCUCAACACAGACCGUCGACGCAGAAACACAAACAGAAAACUCUGACCCCAAAGCCGCCGUCUUGCCCUCCUCUUAUGUUCCUUUGUCGCUGAACAUGUACAGCCAGAACACAUCGAAACCUCUAGGCCUGCCCGUACCGGAAGCAGGACACCAGGUGCAUUACAACUUAACUGAUCAACAUCCCGAUCAAACAAUGAGACCGCACUCCAAAGAUCCAGCAGCAAAUAGUUGUCCCCAAACACUACAGGAGAUAGACAUCUCAGAAAGUGAUGAAGAUGAUCAGCAAGAAAGCAGUGAUGAUGAUGAUCAACAAGAAAGCAGUGAUAUCCUGGUGGAUUCAUGUUCUACCACUGAAAAAAGAUUCUCGGAUAUGGACCAAAGCCAUGCAGCAGAUAGUUGUCCCCAAACCCCACAGGAGAAGGACAUCUCAGAAAGUUACGACGAUGAUCAACAAGAAAGGAGUGAUGGCUUGGUUGAUUCAUGUUCUCCCACUGAAGAAGGAUUGUGCGAUAUGGUUUCCCCUUGCCCGGAAAUGUCUGAGGAGGAAGUGGAAAAAAACCAGCAGGAAGAAGAAAAAGUAACCUUAAGGGAACCAUCAGUGGAGACCCAACAAGUGACAGUUCCAAGCAACCCUGAGCCUUGUAUUGAGGUGAAAACUUGCUCAAACAAAACAAAUAAGAGGAUCUACGAUAAAAAGAGCUACUGCCUCUAUUGUGAGAAGCCGUAUGGAAAAAUUGCAAGACAUUUACUGCAAAAGCAUUCUGACAGAGCUGAAGUGGCUAAGGUCCUCACACACAACAAAGGGUCGGCCAUGCGGGGUCUUCUGCUGAGCAAAGUCAGAAACAUGGGGAACUAUAAACACAAUUGUUCAGUGCUUUCCUCUGGAAAAGGACAAAUCGUAACGAAAAAGCAAGCAAGCCACCCAUCCUCCCACAUGGACUAUCUGCCUUGCAAGUUCUGUUACGCCAUGUAUAUAAAAAAAGACAUCUGGAAACAUCACAAGCAUUGUAAGCUCCAAGUGAAAGAGGAUGGCCCCUGUCUGCCUGUACCUGUGUUUCUUCCUGGGACCCCAGACAGCCUCAGUGAAACUGUGAAAUCAACAAAGGAGGAGAUCAAGGAGUUUGAAGAUGAAACCACUCCCAGAGACUUUUCCAAAGCGGUUUUAAGAGAGCACCAAAAGCUGGAGACUCCUGCCGUGACAUUAAAGGAGGAGAUUCUUCACUGCUCUGCCAUGGAGCUGAGUGACGGUCUCUGUGGUUUCAUCAAAGAGGUGAAACAGCCUGAUGGAGCGCCGUACCCCUACGAUAAGCUGUUCUACCUGUGUCUCAGCAUCCAACAGUGCCUGUUUGAAAACGGUCAUGUGGAGAACAUAUUCAGUGAUUGGAUGUACAACAAGUUCACCACUGAGUUCACAAAGAUCCUGAAAAGUUUCAAACCCUCAAUCUCUGCGAGCGGUGAGCCGUCAUGCAUACAGAUCAAUCCUCCCCUCUCUGCAGGUUACAUUCAUUCCCACGUGGAGGAGGAGUUUCUGUGGGACUGCAAACAGCUGGGGGCAUACUCCCCCAUCGUCCUCAUCAACACGCUGCUCUUCUUCUGCAGCAAGUACCUCGGUUUCACCACGGUGGAGCAGCACCACCAGCUGUCCUUUGCCAACAUUGUUUGCCGCACAAAAACCAACCCGGACAACACCAAGUCCAGAUUUCUGCUCUGCUAUCCCCCGAAAUCCAUAAACGAGGAGGAAUCAGAUGAAGAUGGAGUCCCAGCGAAGAAGCGUAAGAAAGACAACGGUAUCACCGUCAUGAUGGAGAACGCAGAGAACCCUCUCCGCUGUCCGGUCAAAUACUACGAGUUCUACCUCUCCAAGUGCUCAGAGUCGGUGAGGAGUCAGCCCGGCCUGUUUUACCUCCAGCCAGACCGCCGAAGUGUUCCCAACAGCCCUGUGUGGUUCUCCUCCAGCCCUCUGGACGACAGCAUGAUGGAGGCCAUGCUUGUUCGAAUCCUCGCCGUCCGACGGAGGUGGGGUGAAGAUGAGGAUGAUUGGGAUCAGCUGACGUCAGAGGAUCAAACGUUUAUACCUGAAGAGGAGGAAUCAGAAUGAACGGCAGUGAGAGAGCAAAUCCUUAUUUUCCAAAAAGAGAUGAUUGUAUAUUUUGAUAUCAGGUGGCUUUAAAGAUAAAGGAAAAGUACCAUCUAUCAAUCAGACUUUUGAAGCAUCUCAAUCUCACACCUUAAAUUGGUGGAACAAUCAAAAACCUGUCGUCUGGACAGAAGCCCUCAGCGGACAUGCAUCCAUUCAUUUAUUUACUGGAUUUUACCAUUUUAACGAGUAAUUUCUGGACAUUUUCUCGAGAUCUUAACUUACUUUACUUCUUAUAUCGACAUAACAAUGCUCAUUUAUUAAUGAUGUGUUCAUUUCAGGUGUUUUCUUUAGAUCUUAUUAUCAUAUUGUUGGUGCUUUUUUUUAGGAUAUCUUAGCUGGUUCCCGAUUAGAACAGAUCUAUUUCACCUCAUUAUCCCGAGGUAUCAAAGCUGAUAACGUCAUCAUUUUCUGCCGAUCUAUAACGAAACAACAGACCGUUCACUGUGAUAGAUCGAGACGUACCAUGCUGCCAUAAUGAGGUAAGGUUAGCCUAUUUCUGUGUUUGUGUUGAGCUUUUCAAACUCUGCGAUCUUGAGAAAAGAAUCUGAAAUGACUCGUUACCGCUGAGAGAUGGAGUAAAUUAAAUCUAUGCAUGUAUGUCCGCUUAGGACUGCCAUACAUCUGCGUGUUUGUAAGACGUCUUAAGGAUGACUAAAUAAAACACUGAAGGCUCACAUCCUCGUUUUAGGAUUCUUUUGAUCUCCUUUCAGAUCAAAUCACACGAUUAUAUUAGAAAAGUAGAUGUUCUUUCAAACAGCUCUGAGACGACUCGUUAGUUCUUCAGCUGUUGUGUCAGAGGUCAGUUUCACAGAGACAUUUGUAAUCAACUAAAUGUGGCUCAAUACUUCUGCAUUUUCUUUCACUCGCGUUUGAUACAUUAAUAAACUGAAUUACGAGCCAGCUUCCUCUCAGUAGUGCGGUAAAAAUCAAACACUAUCAAUACCUGCUUUUGAUACAGAUAAUUAUUGUUUAAUUACCACAAUCGCAGGCAAACUUAAAGUUUUUGUCCUUUUUUACUGUUUUACAGGUUGUGUUCCGUUUGUUUUUGUUCAUGAAUCAGGUCGGCGUUGAUGUUCUCAGUUGUGACCUGAGAUUUUGCUUUUUCUAUUUUUGCUAAAUAAAAUGUUUAAAAGUGA